AUGGCCGUACGGGCAGUGCUGUUCCCUUCGUCAAAGGCGCUGCUGGCACGGAACGGGUGCAUGGUGUUGAGUCGUCAGAUGGAGGGCGGGCGGGUCGAUGCAGGCGUCAGGCCAGGCCGAUCAGCCGUGGGUGGCAUGGAGGCGGCGGCUUAUCGGGACUGCUAUCUGGUGAAUUGCCAGGCCAUGCAGAUGCGCAGCCGGGGGGGCCAUGGCGACGUUGUCUGGGUGUGUGCUGCCAUUGUGCCAUGGCCUGGUGUGGCAUCCAUCGUCCUGAGGCACACGAAAACAGAGCACCGUGGGACUGAAUAUGGAUGGGGCGAAUCCGCAGCCGGAACGCGGCAGGAGCUCGUCGCAACGCUCAACCCGCCGCGGCGGGAUCGCCCUGUGAUUUGGUCGAUGCUCAGCAGCGGCAUUCUUCGCCGUGUCCAGGGCCUCAAAGGCCUAAGAGGGCCGUUCUGA